AUGCUCUUGCCCAGCACGCUGGUGCCCACGACCAGAACGGGCCCGGAAACUCGACCAGGCCAAGGGAAUUUCCCUGAGCUGUUGGCCCUCUCUCCGGAUGCGUCUGUGCCAGGCUCGAGGAUCUCCGGCGGAAAUAGCGUGGAGCCAAGGGACUCAAGGCUCCUGCCCACCCGGAUUUUCUGUGGGUCCCGGAAAUGUUUUGAAAUCCAGCCUCGAAGACCAUCAUCAAUGGUAUAUCCCCUUAUCAAGAGAUACGAUCGCAAUGGUUAUUAUAAGAACGAUGGCCGGAAUUGCUCCUCUGAUAUCAUGUCCGCCCAAACGGUCACGUUCCAGCGCCAGUCGACAGAACCCGCCAGUCUCAUCCGCAUUUACCGUCACGACGCUGUAGGCGCCGCCCCAAUUCCCGCAGACUCGGUUCUGCUGAAGUUCUUGGCUGCUCCUGUGAACCCCCUGGAUUUGUUGGUGAUUGCUGGCCGAUAUCCCGUCCAACCACACCAUCGCUAUAACGACGAACCCAUCCCGGGAUACGAUGGCGUGGCUCGCGUCGAGCGUGUCGGCACGGACGUUGAGGCGUUAAAGCCUGGGGACCACGUUAUACCCCGUGCCCACGGCUUGGGGACCUGGCGCACGGAAGCCGUGGUUCCGGCGGCAGCCGUGCUGAAAGUGUCGAAGAGUUUGGAACCGCCGACCGCCAGUCUGCUGAAGACAGGUUGCUCGACGGCUUAUCUUCUGUUAGAGAGCUGUCCCUCCUUGUGUCCGGGAGAUUGGGUUGUUCUGAAUGCCGCGACGGGAUGGAUUGCGCGGAUGGUGGUGCAAUUUGCCCUGCUCAAGGGCUGUCCGAGUAUCUGUGUGAUUCGAGACCGGGAUGAUGUCGAGGCCACGCGACAGUCACUUCUCAAUCAGGGCGCUCGUGCGGUCGUCACCGAGUCUCAACUUGCCAAAGAAGGCCCGGCUGAGAUCGCGGCCGGGAUGCGUAUUACCCUCGCACUGGAUGCGGUCUUCGGACAAUCUGGUCAACGACUUGCCGCCAUGCUCGCUCCCGGGGGUACCUUCAUCAAUUACGGGUCGCUGGGGGGUGCGGGCGGCCAAUUAGUCCUCAGCCAGGAGCUAAUCUUCUGGAAACAAAUCACUUUCAAGAAUUUCCGACUGUCCCAAGCGCUGAGUCGGUAUACGGAGGACGCACAGAUUGACCUCCUUUCGUGGUUCACCGAACUCUUCGAGGAAGGGAAGAUCACUGCGCCACCGGUCAACCGCGUGGACUGGGAAGAGGACGGGGAUGGUGGAAAUCUCGAGAAGAAGGUCCAGUCGGUGUUGGCUAGAGUCGGUGGGAAGGUAAGACCAGCCGUCGGGUGCACCAAGCACGUCGUGCAGUUCUAA